AUGGGGUGCAACAUGUGUGUGGUUCAAAAGCCCGAGGAGCAGUACAGGGUGAUGUUCCAGUUGAAUGGGAAGGAGCUGUCCCGCCUCUCCGGUGACCCCACCCUGGACAUGCGGGACCCUGUGCUGUCCAACAUACUGCGGCGGGGGGCUCGCAGACGGGCGGGUCUGGCGGCAGCACCUGGAGGGUUAGUGCCUCUGACCAUGGGCAUGGCCGACUGCGUGGACAGCUGCACCCAGACAGACAUCAGCUUCCAGCAUAUGUUGACCCUGGGAAAGAGCAGCCAGCAUCCCUGUGGCGCUCCGCCCCCGCCCGACCCUCCACCAUCGCCGCCGCUACCGCCCCUACUGGAGCCAUAUCUACUCAAUGAACUCUUCAACGAGCCCGUGUACUAUGACCCCACGGACUACUUCGAUAUCGCUCAGCACGAAGUGGACCGGCAGGACGAGCUGGAAUAUGAGGAGGUGGAGCUGUGCAAGUUCCGUCAGCAGGACAAACUCGGGCUGACAGUGUGUUACAGGACCGAUGAUGAGGAGGACCUGGGGAUAUACGUAGGAGAGGUGAACCCGAACAGUAUCGCUGCGAUGGACGGCCGCAUCCGUAAGGGAGACAGAAUACUACAGAUAAAUGGAGUGGACAUCCAGGACCGAGAGGAGGCGGUGGCUAUUCUCACCAGAGAGGACAGCACCAACGUGUCCCUGCUCCUCGCCCGACCCGAGAUAGAGAACGACAACCAGCUGGACCCAGAUGAGCUGGACCUGGAGCCCCUGGACAACGCUGUGCACCUGCCCAGCAGCCACAGAGUGAGGUCCGGCACCUGUGUCCUGGGUGCUGGAGCAGGCGGUGUUGCAGGUGGAGGUGUGCCAGGAGGUCACGGUCACUCCCUGAGCAGGGAUUCACCCGAUUUGCUCCAGACGGUGCUGAGCAACAGCCAGGAGCUGGACAGCGGGGUGGGCCGUACAGACGAAAGCACACGCUAUGAGGAGUCAUCAGAACACGACCUCCUGGGAGACGACCACACCAGUGCCCCCAAUACAAACGCCACCAAUACGCCUGGCAGCAUGCGCAAGUUUCUGUCUGGCAGAGGGGAUACUCCGCCCUUGCUGCACUCCCAGGACCUCCAGUUCAGCUCUGACUCCCUCUUAGGGCUGGACUGUGUGAACGGUGGAGGGCUGGAGCCGGUGGAGCGACAGGAGAGGACCUACGUGGCGGAUCCUGUGAGGAUGAUGAUGCCUGGGCUGACGGAGGAGGAGUGUGAGAGGUACAAAGAGCUGCUGGAAAUCAAGUUUUACUACGAGAAGAACAGUGAUGCUCUGUUGGAGCAAGACGGCGGGAGUGUCCCACUGGACGUGAAUAGGAACGAGAGCCUGACGCAGCAUGAGAUGGCUCUUCUGGAAGAGGAAUUGCGCCACUUGGAGUUCAAGUGUCGUAACAUCCUGAGGGCGCAGAAGAUGCAGCAGCUGCGGGAGCGAUGUAUGAAGGCAUGGCCUCAAGAGGACAAGAACGGAGCGGGUGCUGGGCGCUUGGACAUUGGUGGGACUUUGGUCAACGAGGAGUCCUGUCACCACGCUCUCUCAGAUAUCAACGAGCUUCCGGAGAGGGAGCGCUCCGAUAAGGACAGUACGAGUGCCUACAACACCGGAGGGGAAAGUUGCAGGAGCACCCCUCUGGUCAAUGAACAGUACCCAUCACCCUCCACCCAGAGCCUGGAUGGGGGAGAGUCUCUUUAUUCAACUUCCACCAGGCAGAGAGAGAGGGGGACCAGGGACGGAGCACAAACAAACUUGAACCAACCCUACGCUCACACUCACAGACGAGCAGCGGACACUAAGACGUCCAGCCCUGGAACUAAAGUCAGGUCCCUGUCCCGAGACGGAGGAACCAGGAGGGGCUCAGACGGAGGGAUGAGACGUAACCCCAAAGCCAACGGGACAGCAGAGAGGGCGGGUGGACGCAGCGCAGAGAACAGCCCCUACCUGUCCCGUCGGCAAACUGAAACCAAGCCACCUCACCGCUACCUGAGCUGCAUGCAGCUGAGGUCUCCCUCCACCUCUGAGCAGCUCUCUGGUCUCAGGGAGACUCUCAGAGAAGGAAGCUUGGAGAAUGGGGGUGACGAAAGUCCCAUGAGCUUGGGCAGCACAUGUAAAGGUGUGGCCCAGGCCCCAGGUUCUGUCCCGUGUCCCUUGUCCCCCUCUCUGAUGCCUGCCUCCCCUCGCAUGGAGUGGAAGGUGAAGAUCCGCAGCGACGGCUCUCGCUACGUGGCCAAACGGCCCGUGAGGGAUCGCCUCCUGAAGGCCCGCGCCAUGAAGAUCAGGGAGGAGCGCAGCGGCAUGACCACGGACGACGACGCCGUGAGCGAGAUGAAGAUGGGUCGCUACUGGAGCAAAGAGGAGCGCAAGCAGCAGCUGCAGAAGUCCCGCGAGCAGCGGCGGCGCAGAGAGUUCAUGAUGCAGAGCCGUCUGGACUGUCUGAGGGAGCGCGAGAGGGAGCCGGGCAGCGGCGACGGCCAGCAGGGGGCGACACACCAACAGGAAGCCAACUCUAUCCUGGAGCUGUGCCACCGCAGGAGCUUGAAGAAGCGCAGUCGCAGAAUCCUGGACAACUGGAUCACGAUACAGGAGCUGCUGGCUCAUGGGAGCAGGUCUGAAGACGGGAAGAAAGUCUACAACCCGCUGUUAUCUGUAACCACAGUGUGA